GGACGAGGACGAGGACGAAGACGACGACGAAGACGACGAAGACGACCACGACGACGAAGAGGAAGAAGAGGAGGCGAAGGAGAAGAAGGGAGAAGAAAGUGGCGGCUGAGUAGCAAACGGACAGGGACGAGCGAACUGGGCCGAUCGGGGAGGAUGGUGUAGCGGGAACCUGGGGGAUCGAUUGCUUCCCGAUAGUAGUUGGCAUGGAGGACACGGCACUGGGCUCGGUGCGCGUGGGAGGUAUCGGUUACACGAUGUGACCAGACUUCUAAUAGCGGUAACAUGAACCAGAGAACAAUGCGUCCUAUUUAAAGAUCGGCGACGAUGCUCUUUACAAGCGAUCUAUCCAGUGUCACAGUAAAAACCUCGACAAUUCCUGAAACCAUGAAAACCUAGAUUUCAGCUACCAUUCGCAACGCUUCGACCGAUCUUUCUCAAACCAGAAUCUAAGCAUCAACUUGAAACUUCCGAAAAUUAAAACCUUAACGUUCCUUAACGGAGAAACGAACUAACUAAAACAUCGACGAACCGACAGUCACCUUGAGCAUCAUCGAGGGCUGAGCUAUCAAAAAAUAUGGCGUCAGGCAUAUCGAGCGCCCAUCAGAGGAAGCUUGGACCAGCGCCGAUAGCAUCCUUCGAAGACCUGUCCGACGAGGUGGAAAACGGGGAACCGGCUGCGCGAAUGCCAGGCAUCGUCGAGGUCACCACGCCGGCUACGCCUGGUAGUUCGCUAAAGACGCCCAGCACACCGCGAAUUGACAUCAGCAGGGCGAGCAGUUCCUCCCACCAUGAGGACAGUAACUCCAGGGACUCGACGCCGGAGAGGGAGCUUCUCGCAGGCGGAGAGCCUCCACCUGGGUGCAAGCUGACGCUGGGUUACAAAGAGGACGCUCAAGAUCUGAGAUCGUCCACGGAGGAACUGGACCUGCAGGAUCCGAUCCACGAGCAGGAUCUCAGGCGAGAAUCGAAGAAAUUAGCCAAGAGGAAAAAGGAGGAUGGCUCGUUGUCGGAUUACAGUAGCAAACAGUUGGAGAGGGAACGAAAGGAUAGCAAUUGCUCCGAGAUCGUGCUGUUGAACAUCAGCGGCAGGACGUCGAGACUGUCGUCCGUGGGCAGCCAGGGUUCGGGAGCUUCUGGCAAGCUCUCUGUCGUUUCGGCUACUUCCUCCAGGUCGCCAAGCCCGCACAAAUGCCUGCUGGAGACCUCGUUCUGCGGAAGCAAGCCGACCCUGGCUGACAACCUGAUAGAGCCGUCGAAGCCAGAAACCGACGACCUGGAGAAGAUUCUAUUGAAACGCGAGGCGGACACCACCAAAGCGUUGAUACCGGAGAGCAUAAAGGUCUCGAUGAUCGACGGAAAUCUGAAGCCGGACCCACUGGACAAACCACGGAGACGGGGCCGCGAGGAGAGGAAGGAGAUCUUCAAGAGGGAGGUCGAGAUCACGAAGAGAUUCCUGGAGAGGGUUAACAUAGAAGUGCCGAUCGUGAAGAAGCCAGCGGAGACGGACGGUACAACGACGCCGCAACAAUCGGCCAGCCGGAAUCAGACCCAAGAGGUCCAGAAGCCGGCGAGCCUGGACUUCAACGACAAGAGGAAAAAGACGCAGAACUUCAAGGAAAUCGUGCAAACGACUCCAACAACGAGUAGCGUAACGGGAAGCCCGAAAUUACCGAGACACCAGAAAGUACGGGAGCUCGAGGGCUCCCGAACGCCGAGCCCCUCUUCCGUUUCUAGGAAAAGCAGCUUCGCCUCCCUCUUCAAGGGCCGAACAGACAGCAGUGUGUUGAGCCCAGAAUCACCGUCGCCGAGCACCAAGCCGCGACGUAGUCUUACCUCGAAGAUAAAGGACACCACGGAGAGCCUGCGCAGCAGGUCGAAGUCCCGCGAGCGCGUGUCAUUGGACAAGGGCUCGGGCCUGAGGAAAGACUCGAAAAACAAAGGGGUGUUGUCGUCGACGUUGAGCCUGUUCAAGAAACGCGAGCGAAAGAAGAGCUACGACGAGGCGAUCUCGGCGGCGUGCGGCGCCGAUCUCGACGACACCGGCGGGCACCCUUCGCUGGAGAGCAUCGGCAACGUGGAGUUCCGCUUCAACGCCGACAGAGACAGCCGCAAGGACGACUCGAUCUUCAUCAGCCUGCACGCGGACGACAGGAACUACGAGGAGGCUCUGCCGUCCGAGAGCGUCUCGAUCCCGCUGGAAACGCCGACGAAGCUGCUGGACGAAUACGAGUCGGAGCCUCGCACGGGCAGCAUAGUGACCGAGGUCUCGAUCGAGCAUCAUCCCGCGCCCUCGAAGAUCAAGACCGAGGCUCAGAUCGAGACCACGUCGAGGUCCUACUCGCGGGACAGCCAGAUAUCGCGCAGCGUCUCGAAGGACUCCGAGAUCUCCAGGAGCUCCUCCAGGGAUUCGAAGCUGGGCGCUCACGGCAAGGUCACCGUGGCCGAGGUCGCGAUCAAACCGUCGCCGACCGACGGCAAGUCCUCUUCGUCGGAGCACAGGCUGUCCAGUGGCUCGUCGAGGGAUUCCACUGGGAAGAGGGAGAUCACCAAGCCGAAGAGGAAGAGCAAAGAGGUGCAACAGAUCGAACCGCCGGAGAGGAUCGACGACGAGGCCGCGCGACCGAAACCGAGCAAGGAGAAACCGGCGCAGAGCAAGCCGAGCAGGAAAUCGGAGGUGAUCGACGACGGGCUGAGGCCGGACGACGGCCUCACGAAAGCGCCCAGCGUUAUCUCGGACCUGGAUCAUAACAGCUCGGAGUCGGAGAGGGACUCCGAGAUCGAGUUCAUUAGGAAUAAGGCCGAGAAGCUCGCGCAAGAGUUGCCGGACGAGAGGAAGGGAUUGUUUUACGAGGAGAGCUUCGAGGAGGACCUACCCUACAUACCGACCACCCUACCUUUGGAGAAGAGCGUGGCUGUGCCGAUCCUGCCUGUCAAACAACGACUUCAAGAAGUUAGAACGAUACCCAUCGAGAGGCCGCGGUCCACGACGCCCAUAAACCCGACUCUCCUCGACGAGUUCGUGAUGCAGACGUCGCUCGACGAGCGUCGCAUUGAGAAAAUGAAGAUAUCUCUUCCGCGAGAGGACAGUCGCAAGCUGAAGAGCCCGCGGAAGCACGCGGCGAACACGUUCACGGAGUUCGCGGGCAAAGUACCCGAUGGGGGUCGAAAGGCCGCGGGCAAGUCGCCGAGUCCACCGCCACUGCCACCGAGAGCACCAGCCAGACCUAGCAACUGGAUCAAUUUCGAGGAGAUCCCGGAGAAGAGGAAAGCCCCCAAGAGGAUCCAGACGAUCCCGCGUACCGAGGACGAGCCGAAAUCGGGCGGUUACAGCUACGUACAGCCGGAAGAGUGUAGGUGCGAGUGUCACGAGGAGUCGCGGAGAGCGUCGCUGAGAGAAGCAGCCGCGACAAGGACGUCGUCCUCCUGCAGCAGCAACGGCGAACGAUCCUGCAACGGCGACAACUGCACAAUGCCGGCGUCCGGUUCCGUGGAUCACGCCAGCGUCGUCAGUGACAGCUCGUUGGAGUGUAGCCUGAGCAUCGAGGAGGGCACGCAAACCCUUCUCGUGGACUCCUCGUCGAAACCGUUCGGCAUGGACCUCGAUGUACGGUCGAACAGGUCCAGCAUCGUGUCCCAGGACGAGACUGACGAGAUCCAGCACCAAUAAUUUGUUCCACGGCAUGCCUCCUCGCCUUACUCUCCCCUUAACAGAUUCUCCUCCUCGUUGGAACUCCUUCGGCCGAGUUCUCGUUGCUCUCCUUUUUUUACUUUCAUUUCCUUCACGCGCCGUUUCGAUUCACCGAGACUCAUCAACGAAUUUCGGCCCACCCCCCCUCCUUGCGCGUUGACCAUUGAACUAGCUAUACAUUCUAGUUCCGUUCGUUUUAUUCAAAUACGAAAUAGAACAUCCACGAUCGGUGAAACAAGUUUCAGUAGGAUUUACAGGAUGCAAGAAGACGAAAGGAUCAAUCGCCAAUGAAUCGUAACUUCGGAGUUUCCGUUCCGUUGAAUCACUUCGAUUUUCAGAUAUUCAUAUCGACGGUUCAAUAGUGAACGCGUCAAGGGGCCAACUCAAAAUUCGACGCAGCACGGAGGUGCUCGUUCAGACGAGUCCGGUGAGGGAUAAUCGCGAGUAGAUCGGCCGCAGAAAUGUGUCUCAUAGCGUCUCGAGCAGUCUCGAUCGUUGUUGUCACUUAUCCUCGACUUUACUCGUCGCGAUAACGAGCCUUGCCCGUGUUUCCCGGAAACCCCGUCGGAUCUUCGGCUCGGAAGAUUCCUCGCGGAAGCGCGCGCAUUCGACGCGGCUUCACGGAAACGCGUGCACGGCCGCGCGUUCCGCUACCUUUUUGCUAUCGUCUCUCGUGCGUUGAACACGUUGUACAUACUUACCUUGUAAUAGUCGAACGUUACCAUUCUCGCGAGAUUUUUAGUCUAAGAGCGUACAACCUUCCACGAGAACUCGUUCGUCUCCUCGUUAUCUAGAUUUCACGUUUACCUUUUACGGACAGAAGCAUGCUUGCUCGUGUGUGUGUCUGCGCGUGAGACUGUGUGCGUGUGUGCGCGUGUGCGAGGGUGUGUGUACGUGUGUGUGAGUGUGUGUGCGUGCGCGCGCGUUGACCAAAAAUGCUUCCUUAACGGUAUAGAGAACGGCACGUUUCAGUCAUCCGCGCGAACGACAUCCGUCGAGGCGGCGGACGGUGGCUCCGUGCACCGAGGCAAAUCAUCGAUCAGCUUCUCAUAUCAUGUAGAUAGGGACUUUUAGCUCUGUAAGUGUUUUUUCCGUGAUGCUCUAGAGGUCUGGCGUCGCUAAGAAAAUUUAUCGAAUGUUGAAAGUAACUGCAUACUUACGCGAUCGCUGUCGUUCCGACGACCUGCCGCGCUCGAGAACGUUACGCACGCGAUGUUUUCCCGAUUCGUUCGACGAUUCGCUAUCAUUCGAAAAGCUAUCAUUCAUUCCGCGAGAAUUUUACGGGCACGCGUUUCAGCGAAAGGAAACGGUUUAUCCGUCGAGGCACAGAUCGUUUCGAUUCGAAGCGUUACGGCUGGUUUCCAAUAUGGCCGCCAUUAGUUCCGUAUCGGCGGAUUAAAUCAAAGUUUUUCGAUUCGAAGACAUCACGGUGUUAUAACGUUUUAACGGUGGCGAAACUUCGAACGCGUCUUUUAACUCUUUGCAGUGGGCUCUCAGUCAUCAUUCGAUACAAUAUAGCAAAAGUAUAAAGUCUUAUAUAUAGUAUUAAACAUUGUGUAACUCAUUGAUAUGUGAAAGAUUGAAGUAAAACAUCUUUGUUUCUUAAUUUAUGUAUGUCUUCUCAUCGGUUAAUUCCAACGAAUACCGUUUACGUUUCAUCGGAAAGUGUUGAAUAUUUCUAGUGAGAAACUUUCGACUGCAAAGGGUUAGAAUUGCGUCUCGACGAAUCGUUGAAUCGAUGUUAAAUCAUCUCGGCAAUUAUCGCGGGAAGUUCGUUGGUCGCGCACGAUCGCGCGUUAUCGCUAGUUCGUUAUAUCAGUAUUAAUUAAGAAUAUUGCGCGCGAGUGGUCCGAGUAUCGAGUGCGCUUCAUAUCCAUGGAAUUCGAGUCUUUUUCCCAAGUAUCUCCAUUUUGUCGGGCGCGAGCCACCGUCCGCCAUUAGCGAGCGAUCAGGAACGGGAGCGGCUUGCCACGAGAAUGAAACUCGAAGGCGGCGAUUAGUUAGCGAGCUUAGGCGCAAGACAGAAUCAAACAGCCGCGAACGGUCGGAAUCGAUCGGUCCGACUGUCACUUUACGCAGGGACGGCCAAGAAUUUUCGAAUGAUUCGAAACGACUGACUUGAACGGUUCUUUAGUCGCUUGGCUUGGCGUCGACCGCGUAACGUAACAGACUGCAGGGGAAAAGCUGACUCGGUGUCUUUGACCUACCAACUGAGCUAGUAAUUGCGAUCAAAUGUAUAUUUCAGUAGCUUCUCGUUUUCACUUUCAUUCGACUAUUAAUCGCAUUUUCUAGAAUCACAUUAGUCUAAACUAUGGAUUUGUAUUUAUUGCAGCAAAACAACGGCAUUAUAUUAUAUUACGAUCCCAUUAUAUUAAUUUUACUUUUAAUGUCACUCAGUUACGCUUUCACGAGCAUCGUAGCUCAGGAUAUCAACCUGUUAGCUACUCGAACUCAGAUCUCUAUUGCUGGAAGUCUCGGUCUAUCAAAAUUCUGGUCUCGCGCAGCCCAGUGUCAGCUGUCUUCCCUUUGGACAGAAAGAUUCCGGCCCCGUGGUAGUUGACCUAAAGAGUACAAGGUAGUAGAGGUAAUUGUAAAGUAAUAUGGAUCGUCUACGGUCGAUAGGGAUCUUGUUGAUUUAGCUGGACGAGCGACGAGCCACGGUACCCGCAGCGCAGUGCAGCGUGUGUAAUUGGGCGACGAGGAUGAAUGCGAUUCUCCGGUCUGCCCUCGAACAGGCGAUCUUUUCCAGGCGGUGAACGUUUCCGGCAGACGAAAAUCGGUCGUUCGUGGUUUUUUUCCGUUGCCGAUGCAUGUAGCUGGUCGAUCGUUAGAGGACACACUAGUUAGCGUAGCUAAACUGGUCAAUCGCGACCUCUAUUGACGAUACUCUCUCAUCUGUACUCUCGGCCAGGCGAUCGCCUCGUAGAGGAUCGCGGGAGAAUAAAGGAAACGCGGCCGCGUUUGACAUGUUCACUGCUCAAUUACGUUUCUUCGACUACGUUUAGCUCUGUUCACGAAAACACUGUGUUCAAAAACGGAAUUAAUCGCUGGGGAAACGCGAUUCCCGUAGCGGCGCACCGGUUGUCGUCUCGGCUCGUUCGACCGCGAGACACCUUGCGGUGAAUUAAUUGUUUUCUUUCGAAUAAAUUCCUAGCAUCCAAGAUAACGUUCGAUCGACUUUCUCGACGGCGAAUCGGUUAAUCUCGAAUUCGAUGAUCGACGCUUUUGUUCCAAGUUGGUGCGCCGGUGCGUAAGUGGGAAGAACUUCCGAUUCUUCCACGGGUUCUCCCGCGUGCGCGUCUAGGAAUUGAGUAAUCGUUCUACUUUUUAAACCCUUCACCCUUGGACAAAGAGAACCGUAGAGCGAGACGUGAACGGAAGAACCUUUGGGCGUUAGCCGCGCGUAACUCAAGUAGUGUUUUUUCCUUGAAUAUCGAUGUGCGUAGCUUCAUCUCUUCGUCGGACGUUCAGGCAUUGUUCUGAGACGACUCGUCGUCGUUAUCUUCGCGUUCGCGGCCGUGGAAUGGCGGAUGCGAAGUCUCCUGGAGAUCGUCUGCCGAGCGCAGACGAAACUCUAUUGUUCUCCGAGGGAGAUCUUCAACUUAAAAUGAAGAAAACGCAGUGUAACCACUUGACUCUGUCGUUAUUUCAUUCCUCGAUGAACAAGAUUCGUUCUGAUCUUGAAUAAUUCAUCUUCUUGCUCUGUAAUAUACAGUUGAACACGUGGCUAUGACACGAAAUUGAGUUCAUGGGAACCUUUCGGUUUACAUUUUUUCUUUUAUAUUUGAUAAAAAGAAGAAAUAUAGAAUUAUCUUUCUUAUUGAAAAAUGGUGAAGAACAAAGUAACUUCAGCGAGCUUAGUCGUGAAGUAUAUUGCAAAGCAAAGAGUUAAUGUGCCGCAAACAUCGCGGUUGAAAAUCGUACCAAAAUCAGGACGAGUUAACCGUGAUUAACAAUUUGAAAUGUUGGAAGAUUAACGGGAAUAGCGAAAAGGUUCUAUUGCGGUUUAUCUUCGAAUUUCCGUCAUUCUAUGGAUUUCUAUCUGUCAGCAGGAGUUAACCCUUCUCUGGUCUCCAGGCAGAGCGGCGAAAAGAGAAUACGAAGGAGGAGUAUUGUUGGAAUUCACCGUAAACCACCCACAUCCAGCCUCCCCUUAGCGUUCACGAUUAUUUUCUAAGUGACUCGACGAAACGAAUGAAGUCUAAAAAAAAGAGUAUUUAAAUGUUUCUACCAUUGUGUAAAUACAGCAUCGUAGAGUGCAUAUCGCGGGAAUGCUCUGAGAAGAGGUAUGAGAGGGAGUGAGAGAAAGGAGAGCCCGUCCGCGAGAGAAACGCGGGGAGUGUAUGCGCGUGUGUGUGAGAGGAAGAGCGAGAAAACCAACCGGUGAAAGAGAAUUAAAAAGAAGCAGGGAAACAAAAUGAAAACAAUUUGUUCGCGUAUCGACGGGUGGCUCAAUCGUUUCGAAUUGCGUUCCUCUAGACUCUAGAAUGCUCUCUCGCCUUCGGAAAGUUGUAAGUGAAUUAGUACAGGAAGCUUAGCUGGUAAUAUUACGUACAAAUUCGUGGCGGGGAACCGUCCGCGGUUCAAGAACGAGACACGCAGGCCAUGUUUGUUUUCGCUUUCUUUUAUCUGUUCAAGAUCGUAGGAAACCGAAAAGAACGACUCGCGUAGUGAAAGUGAGUUUCGAAUGGGACGGUUUUCGACGCGGUAUCGAUCGAGUCUUCGUCGGCGGGCAACGAGUCGCGUGCGCCAUUUUGUCGGGAACGGCGGCGCCAUAUUGGACGCGGCGAAGCAGCAAAAUAGGUCGGUAGACGCUCGAACGGGGAAACUGGCGAAACACAAAAAAUAGGAGUCCAAUCGAGUAACUUUAAUCGCGCAUUGACAGGAGGCGAAUACGCGAAUGGGCAAACAAUCUUGCAAAAUGGGGAAAGGGGAGGGAAAAGAUGCAGAAGGAAGACAAAAGUGAGAAUCACAAAGCAGAGAGAAAAAGCGUCACGUGUAACAAGCGAGUAGCGUCGGUCGUGGACGGCUCUAAGCCUGUUAUUUUCUGAGGAACAGCAUUAAUUAUUCCUAUAGAGUCUAUUCUUAUAAAUAAUCUUUCGACUGAGUUCACGCGUCGACCACCGGAAGUGUCCGUUCGAUCGUGCGUUCGCGAGGUUCGAGCGCGCGCGCGAAUAACAUGUAAACCAAAAAAGAGAGAGAGAGAGAGAGAGAAAGAAAGAAAGAAAGGAAGAAAGAGAGAUCAAGAUUUUUCGCUGUAUAUAUGUAUGUUUAUUCUCGAAGAAAAUUAUACGGCUAAUUAUAUUGAUUCCAUUGAGAACAGAAAACAAAGUAUAUGUAUAUAUAUAUAGAAAACACGAGUGGAAAUUAACCCAAAAAAAAGAAAAAAAGCGAACAAAAA